GUUUAUUGGCGCACAUUCAAUCUCCCAAUGCAGGAUGCGUUGGGUCGAACGUACUCAUGAUCAGGUUCUCACGCAGCGCAGACAUUCUGACGCCGCGUGUGUGCUACAUACAUGAACCUACGUACGGCAAAAUGUGACAUCCUCGUUGCAGUCUCGGGGACAUACGGCGUGUCGUAUAAGUCCCAUUGUGCCUUCUGGGCGCAUAAGGCUCCUUCUGGCUUUCACCCAGUUCUGGAUCCUUCAAUUUACGACCUUUUACGAUGACCGGCACCAGUGAAAGCCCUAUGAUCUCUAGCGGCUUUGAUGUAGCCAAUGAUGAGUCUGUCAUGUUCACUCCUGUCGACGUUCACCUUUGUAUGAGCAUCUCGGACUCUGGAAGUCUGCGUGAUGGAAAGGGUGACAAUGCAUGCGUUCACGUGGAUAAUGAAGAACUCCCUCGACGAACGACCUCAGUAAACGACGACAUAAAUACACUCGCCCCGGCUGGACGACCUUUGUUUUAUUCGUGCCCCAUCAUGCCAACAGUGGCCUCGAAGACUCCCCGUCCGUUUUCCCAACGCCACUGUGGCAUCUGCCUGUCCGUCCACACUCUUCCGGUUACAUUUAAAACUGGAGAUAUGCACCCCCAGCGGUCCCUGCGAAGGAAGCGGCGCAUGUCCUCUCUUCGUGUCAGGAGGUCGCAGAUAGCCCUUCGACAACGCCCGUCUCUGUUAUUCACGGAGCAGUCUCCCGAAGCUCAUGAUCCUCCUGCUGCCCCCAUCGAUUGUCCUGUCGUUCGGCCUCUGUCAGAUGUCGCCGGCGGUGGCACGAAUAGCCAACCUAGCCUCACCGUAACCGUCAACCAAGUCAAGGCCACGCAACGACCGAGGUCAGAGCCUAUACGUCCCACGGCUCCCAUCCGUGUAGAACCACCACGGGUCAAGCUGGGUCACCCAAGCAGACCUUACUAUACCGCUAUCAGGAAGGACUUCACUUCCCCUUCGCCAGUCGCUGCUUCACCUGCUUCCAAUGGCAGUCCACCCCUAGACGAGGCUCCCUAUACGCCACGCCAGGACGAGCAAGUUUCUUCGGCAUCCGACGUGCAUAGACCAUCCUUGCGCCAGGCGUUGUCAUACCCAUAUACCAUACCGUCAUCAUACCCAUCGUAUUCAUUCAAUUCACCGACCGGGUUCUCGCUGAGCGGAGAGACUGAGCUGCGCAUGGCGCUUUCAGUGUCGCGGAAGCGAGAAGGUCAAUCGAGGCGCGGCUCCCUGUCUCUCACCCUAACUCGGACUCUUUCCGGGAAGUCCUCGAGGAAAGCGACGGCCGAGGCGAACGCGAGCGUAGAGAAGCAGGGUCGGAAGAGGGCGCAGACCAUACCUGAAACUCCGGGAGAGUUCAAAUUCGUUGACAGAUCGAAGGGCGUCAAAGGCAGGAUCCAGACGCUGGGUAAUGGCAUUCGCGAGCUUUUCAAGUAG